AGAGUUAGUUGUACAAAUAGACUUCCAGCAUGACUAUUUUAACCUUUCGGAAAUCUUUGAUAUUGGCAGGAGUGUCGGUGUGCUUUGCAUUGUUGGGACUAAACCAUAUCAGAAAUUCUCACAAUCGCUCAAAACGAGACGUUGAUAUUGUGUACAAAGGAGCUGCCGGUCGAGCUGAUGAACCGAAGUUCACGUUUGAUGAUAUUUACAAUUCAAAAUUCAGUUAUAAAUACGUUUCCCCGAGAUGGGUGUCAAAUAACGAAUAUGUCUACCAGAAUGGUUCUAUGUAUAUCAUUCGCCGAGAUGUUGAAACACAAGUAGAGACAGUGCUGAUGGAAUCAUCCUUUUGGACUGACAAUGCUGCAAGAUCCUACAAAGUAUCAGCAGAUCUGAAGUACAUCGCACUUCUUACAGAAUAUAAAAAGGGUUGGAGACAUUCAUACAACGGAACAUACUUGAUUUAUGACGUCGACAAUAGAAUGAUUAAUACAACCCUCACAAUCGGAUCAGAUAUUCAAUACCUGACAUGGGGACCAGUAGGAAAUGCAUUGGCAUACGUUAGAGGUUUCAACAUCUACUAUAAGGCAGCUAUCGAUGAAGUGGCUCUUCGAGUUACCACUGACGGGAGAGCCGAAUACAUUUUCAACGGAAUCCCUGAUUGGGUGUAUGAAGAGGAAAUGAUCUCAAGCAACAAUGUCAUCUACUUCUCUCCAGACGGACAAUUUUUAGCCUACGCUCAGUUUGAUGAUUCAAUGUGCAAACACGUCAAUUAUGAAAGAUAUGACGAGAAAAAAUAUCAAGUUAUGAUUGAUAUUUCUUAUCCCAAGGCCGGAACACCACAGCCAACAAAUAAAGUGUUUGUAUUCAACACUGUAACAGAAGACAUUAGAGAGGUUUUGCCCCCUGCUGAUUUCAUGGGAGUUGACUACCUUUUUAAUCGAGUGACAUGGGCCAGUGGCUCCAGGGCCGCGGUAACUUGGUGUGAUAGACUACAGACCAACAGCAUAAUGCGGUUGAUUGAUGUCAAUCCCGGGAACACGAGCAUCACUUACACCGACAGCGACACAUUCAAAUAUAGUAACGCAGAUGGUUGGUUGUACCAACGUAGACCGUACUGGAUACCGGUAUUCGGUGCAACUCUGGGUGAAUUCUAUACAGUGAGACCGCACAAUGGAUGGCAACAUUUGUACAAGGUUAACAAGACUGCAGCAGUACCAGUGACCUCGGGCGAAUACACUGUGACUUCAGAAAGUGCUUCGUAUCCUUCGGUAGAAUUUUACGAUCCCGAUAACAGAAAAGUGUAUUUCAGCGCCACGAAGGAGUCUCCACAUCACAGACAUAUUUAUAGAACUAACGAAGAUGAUCCAUCUGAACCUGAAUGCAUUACAUGUAAAUACGUGGCACAAUAUCCAGGAAGAUGCGAUCAAGUUACUUCCACGUCCAGUCCCGAUGGAAGUUAUACUUUAAUCCGAUGUGGAGGUGACGGAGCUCCUCUCUACCUUGAAGCCGAAAUAAACAAGACCAGCACCGAUGUGAUCUCAGUUCUUGUUAACGAAGUAGUUUUGCAGAGUAAUGAGGAACUUGAGGAUGCUAUUGCAGCGACGGACAUGUCUACUAAAGAGUAUGGCAAGUUUACAAGUGAAACGGGAUAUGAUUUUAGAUACCAGAUCUGGAAGCCGAAGACAUUUGACCCCACAAAGAAGUACCCCCUUCUAAUAGAUGUAUAUGCUGGACCAGGAUACCAGAAAGUAGCUGCAGGUUGGAGCAGAAGUUGGGCAAACAGAUUCGUUCCAAGUUCUCUUGAUGUGAUCGUUGCAAGUGUGGAUGGUCGUGGAUCAUGUUUUUACGGGAAUGACUUCAUGUACGAUGUCUACAGAAAACUGGGACAAUAUGAACCGUUUGACCAACUUGAAUUUGCAAGACACAUGGCCGAACAGGACUAUAUCGAUGAAACAAGAAUAGCUGUUUGGGGAUGGUCAUAUGGCGGAUAUACAACUUCACUUAUCCUUGGACGAGACGCUGAGAGUACAAUCAAGUGCGGAUUCGCGGUUGCACCUUUGGCCGACUGGAGAUUUUACGAUACUAUCUACGCUGAACGAUACAUGAGAUUACCAUCAACAGACGAUAAUGAAGACGGUUACAAUCUUGGAUCUGUGCUGCAUGUGGCAAAGAAUAUGUCAUCGUCAAAAUAUUUCUUGAUCCAUGGAACGGCAGAUGACAACGUCCAUUUCCAGAACGCAGCUAGGAUUGAACAGGAACUUGUGGCAAAUGACAUCCACUUCAACGAUUUUUUUUACGCCGACCAGGAUCAUUCAAUCAACGUUGGAAACGCUCGGAAACACGUUUAUAAGGUGUUGACUAGACAAGUCUGUUUGUGUUUUGGUCUAGAAGUACCUGAAGGUGUUUGGACACCAUAAAACUGUCGAAAAUAAUUCAAUUUCAGAUGUUGCUAAAAACUUUCAAUUCUUUUUAAUUAUGUGUUAUAUUGUUUUGUUUUGUUUAUAUCGAACCUGAAUAUCAGUUCUUAGUGAAAAGGGUUGUAUAUGUUGCUACUCCCAUCUUUUUCCAGACGUUUAUAGUCAAAGCGAGAAGUUGUUUACAUAAGUCUGCAGAAACAUUUCAAAAUGUUUAAUUUUCAAUAUAAAGUGUGGUCGCUAGAAAAAUAGACAAUUUGUCUAACAGCUAAUUAUUUUUACAAAUAUUGGCUUGCCAACAAGCUUCGUAAGAGCUUGGUACAAUAUCCCACAAAUUAAUCUUCAAAACGCUACACGGAGCUUGGACUUCUAGGUUAAGACACUGCUCUGAAGUGCACAAACGACAUUUGAGCAUAUAUGAGUGUGAUAUAACAUAUGUCUUUAAAAACUUUGUAAAAAUAAAUGGCUGUUUGACAAAUUUCUUAUUUUCUAGCAAACACUCUCUAUAUAUAAUGAUAUUGAUAUAUGAUAAAAACGUUAUUUGUUAUUUUGGGUACUCAUCUCGUAGCAUUCCGGGACUCGUGAAAAGUUUUAUGUGGUAAAUAUAUCAAUGUGGCAAAUCAAAUAUAUAAAAAAAAUCUUGAACGUGUCGUGGCUGAAAAUAUAAACCUAAAAGUUUUCUUCGUUACUUCCGAAACAUUGUAAUAUGAGAGAGUCAAGACAAAAGGGCAAAUGUUGGAAUUUAUGAAAAAAAGAUUGAAAAAUAUUACAAGGGAAUAAAGCCUGGUUUUGUAAUCAGAGUUUUCCAUUCAUUUUCACCAAAUUAUUUCAAAAAAUUCUUAGAGAUGUUUAAAAGCCGUCAAGAUACGUUUUUUUUUUUCCUUUUUCAAAAACAGUUUCCAAGUUUUGUUCAUUUGGAUUGAAGCCAGCGAAUUAGCAAUUCAUUUUAAUUGAAGUUUCAUUCCUACAGUACUUUUAAAUUCGAAGUUUUUUUUUUAUAAUAGCGAAUUAUAAUUAUAAGUUUGUGUUUAAAUACUCAAUUGACAUUACUAUGCUUGCCUAUGAUGUGCCUUUGGCACUGAAAGCAAUGAUGUUAUAUUAUUUAGUAAUUUUGUUUUGCGAAUUCAAUAAAAAAAUAAAGUAAAUUCAUGAA